CGCCGCCGGAAGUGCCCCAGCGAGCGGCGACCGCAGCGGCUGCUGCAACCAACAUGGCGGCGGCUCCAGCUCGGCCGCCGCCGCCCGCUCGCCCGGGCUUGGGGCGCCCCCCGCGCCCGGCCCCGCCGCCGCGCUGCACCAGCCAGCGCCCGGCCAGCCCCUGGGAGCUGGUGAGGCCGUCGGUGGCGGAGCUCUCGCGGGCGGUCCGGAGCAACAUCCUGUGCACGGUGCCCGGCUGCGGCAAGGUGCUGCCCAACCCGCCGGCGCUCGGCAUGCACCUCAGCAAGGCCCACCGCCUGCAGCAGGAUGGAAAAAUAAAUCCUGCAAUAAGGAAAGGCUUGAAAACACCCCCGAAGUACUACUGCUGUCCUAUUGAAGGCUGCCCUAGGGGACCAGAAAGGCCAUUUUCCCAGUUUUCUCUUGUAAGGCAGCAUUUCAUGAAAAUGCAUGCUGAAAAGAAGCACAAAUGUGACAAAUGCAGCAACUCCUAUGGUACCAUCUGGGACCUGAAGCGACACAUCGAAGACUGUGGCAAGACUUUCCAAUGUACUUGUGGGUGCCCAUAUGCGAGUAGGACAGCACUGUUGUCUCAUAUUUAUAGGACGCAGCAUGAGAUCCCAGUAGAACACAGGGAUCCACCUAGUAAGAAAAGGAAAACUGAAACCUCAGUCUCCGUUCAGUUGCUGGGAGAAAAAGUGAAAGAAGCCUCUGACAGUGUCCACACCAGAUGUACUAGCACUCAAGACUUGGAGACUUCUCUGUCAGCGUCCUCUGAUGAUUCCAGCCAUUCCUCUACCACUAAGCAAAUGCAGACACAGCCAAAAAAUGCACCAAAGUUGCUUCUGCCAAAGCCCAAAGUAGCUUUGGUUAAACUGCCCAUCAUGCAGCUUACUCAUCUGCCUAUCUUUGUAUCAGCACUAGACUCUUCCGUCAAGCCUGUUGUAGUGGCUGUGGACGACACAGGCUCUGUGAUGAGUACUGUUCACUUGAUGCCUCUGCCGGUAGGAAUUGUGAUGCCUGCGGUGGAAGCCGACACACUUGCAUUUAAAGACCACUUUCCCCUUCCAAAAAUCAAAACUGCUGGCAGCAUUGAGCCAGUCAGCACAGGUAUUCAGGUCAACUUGGGGAAAGUUGUGUCUCAUAACACAGUGCAAGACCUGGGGACCAUAUGCUACAAGAACAGAAUUUGUUCCACCAAUGUACAGACGGACUUAUCUUACAUUUCCCAGAACUUUGUCCCCUCUGCAACCUGGACUCCUGAUUCUUCCGUGUCUUCCUGCUCUCAAACCGACCUGACAUUCAGUUCGCAGGUUGUGCUGCCCAUUAGCGUUCAGACACAAACGCUGCUACCCGAUUCAAAGCUGACUUCAUCUAUAGCUGCUCAGACAGAGACAUUUGCCCAGGCCUGCUUUCAGCCGUGCGGGGUCUCUCGAGAGACUCAGACCAAUAGGUCGCAGAGAGGCAUUGAUGGGAGAGUACAAAUGGACCAGGCUGUGAUGUGCAGUGACCUAUUUGACAGUGUGAGUUCGUUCAGCGAUUCUACCCCAGUGGCCCUCCCAGGCGACAACUUGAUGGCGGCAGACCUGGGUCACAACUUGCUACAAAGAGGAAGCUGCAAGUUGUUGAGUCCGGACACAAAAUCUGAGCCAAUUAUCCACUUCAGCGCACAGAACAAUAUUCUCCCGCAGCAAGCCACGACAGACAAUCAGACCCAGACAAUGGAGUUACUGAGUGAUCUUGAAACCAUUUUUUCAGGUAAUCCAGCCGGUCAGGCAGAUAACCGUAGCCUCCUGACAGAUGCCAGCUCGAACACUGGCACGCCCCUGCCUUCUGGCCCUGCACAAAACGCGGGCAUCGAUUUUGACAUUGAGGAUUUCUUCACAGCCUCCAACAUUCAAACUCAGACGGAGGAGACUGAACUCGGCCACCUGAACCCAGAGCCAGUCUUGGAAUCGCUAGAUAUUGAAACCCAGACAGAUUUAUUUUCAGAUAAUGCCACCCAGUCAUAUGGCUGCAAAGGUAACCCCAGUUUCUUAGGCUUGGAGAUGUUUGACACACAGACCCAGACAGAUCUAAACUUCUUUUUAGACAGCCCCUAUCUGCCUUUGGGGAACAUUCUGAAGCAGUCCACAUUCUCUGUGAGCACAGACUCUUCCGAUACGGAAACGCAAACCGAAGUGCAGCUUCCUGAGAGAGAUGCCUCCAAUCAAAUCGCAGAGAGCAAAGUCCAGCUGAGUAGUGCUGAGACACAGACGAUGGAUAGCUGCUUUGAAACCCUAGGCAACUUAUUUCUUACUAGCAAUGAGACUCAAACGGCUAUGGAUGAUUUCCUGCUGGCUGACUUGGCCUGGAAUACAAUGGAGUCACAGUUCAGUUCUGUAGAAACACAGACCUGUGCAGAAUUGUGCUCCUUAUUUCAGGGUUCUGAUAAAACAAGCCAUUGAGUCAUGAACACCCUUCUCGUUGAGGAGUAAGUUUUGUGGUUAAGAGAAACUGACAUUGGAGUGAGUUACACUGAAUGUAAUUGACCAUAUAUGGUUUGGUUUACAAAUGUUGCCAUGAUAUGGGUACUUUUUCUGUGUGUGUGUGUUUAAAACUAAUGUUCAUUAUGUUGUGUUAAUGUAUGUUUCCUAUGUUAAGAGAUUAAUCCAGAGUUCCUAGCCUUGA